AUGGAUUCAAUUGACUAUUAAGAAGCUAAAUUCAAAUUUUAAGGUGUUCGUAAACACUUUUUUAAGGAUGUCAAUUAUCAUAUAACAGUGUUUGAUGAUAUGGUAACAAUGGGAACAGUAGAAAAUUAAUCUAAAUAUUAUAGACUUCAGAUUGCCAAAACCCAAAAUACAGAAUAAAGUUGAAUCUUGAGACAAAAAUAAAUUGGGAGUUGCGAAAGAAUAAAACAGAACUUGAUUUCUUUGAAUUUGAUCAUUAAAAUAAAAGAAAGGCUGUUCAUGCCUAACCAAAGGAUUUAUAUAAGUACAGUUAAUUCUAUAAUUAAGAUUCAAAGAACUAAUAGCAGGAAGAGUAACUUUUGAAGGCAUUGGUGAUUUAUUCUAGCCAUUAUAUCAGAUAGGAAAAGGAAGUUCUGCAAAAGUAUAGUUUUUUUGCUUAUUUCUAGGUAUAUAGUGCAAGAAGUGCUUUAGAUCAAAGUAUUUAUGCAGUAAAAGCUAUAGAAAAAGCAUUUCUUAAAAUAUCAGAGAAUGGGAAUGGAUUAGUAAUAAUAUUUAACAUAUUUAGCGAGCAUUUUAAUCAGAAGUUCAAAUUCUUAGAGCAUUAUAAUAAAAUGAAAAUAAUUUUCUUGCUUUUAAAGAAAUAUAUGAGGGGGACAACACAUUAUAUGUAGUUACAUAAUAUUUAGAAGGACUGAGUCUUAGUGAAGAAUUAGAAAAAGCAAAAGUAUAAUUAAAUAUAAAGAAUAGAUUUUGCCUAAUAGAAGACUACCAAUAAAUAGUAUAAAGACAAUUAUGAGAAAACUUUUAAGUAAUUUAAAAAUUUUACAUUCUCAUCGAGUAUUUAAUUAAUAUAACGUUUAAGAUUAUUCAUAGAGAUUUAAAACCAGAUAAUCUAAUGUUUUCUAGAAAGAAUGAUUACUCAUCUUUAGUUCUAGUUGAUUUUGGACUUGCCACUUCAGAACUUCUAGAUAAGUAACAAUAUAUAUAUAUUAUUAGAUAUUUAUUUCCCAAAUGUGGAACUCCAGGUUAUGUAGCCCCUGAGAUAUUGACUUCUAGACAAGACUAAAGAUAUAAUUGUAAAGUAGAUAUAUUUUCUGCUGGAUGCAUUUUCUAUAAAUUGCUCACUGGACAUAGUUUAUUUAUUGGAUCAAAUUUUGAUGAAGUUUUAAACUCAAAUAAAACAUGUUAUAUUGAUUUAGAUUUACCGAUUGAUGGUAUUUAUAUAACAGAGCAAUCAUUAGUAAAUAUAUUUAUUAUUUUAGGAUAUUUUGAAAAAGAUGCUAAACAAAAAUCCUAAAAUCAGGAUCAGUGCCAAUUAGGCAUUAUCCCAUUCAUUUUUUGAUUAUAAUAGUGAUUUUAGCACUUAAGCUAUAUAAUCAACUUGUUAAAAUAUGGCAAAAAAUGCAAUAUAUUAAUUAAAUUUAGCAGAAUCUGAAUCUAGAUACAAUAGUUAAAAUGAAAUUAACGAUGAAUAAUAAUAGAAUUCUAAAAUUAAUGAUAUAAAAAGAUACUCAUUAAUGAAUGAGAUACCUCUUUCAGCAAAAAGAGGCAGUGGAUUAUUUUCGAGCACAUUUUAUCAAAAGGAUCCUUUGUCAGCCAUAAAAACAAUAAAGAUACCAAAUGAAACAUCUCAACCACUUAAAUUAAGCAAUCAUCUUUCACCUUCUUGA